ACCAAAGCAAGUAAAACCAGUUAAUAAAGAUAUUCAACCUUCUGACUGUAUACCUAAAGUGAGACUUGAAGGAGCAAAGGAGCUAUACAUAACCAUGACAUCGUUUUUUAUUUUUUUUUCUACAAUAGUCCCAAAAAUAAAAUAAAAAACAAUGUCGUUUUUAUUAUCAAUUCGUAUGGUGCCAAAAUAUUUGGCUCCUUUUUGCGACAAAAAAAUUUCCUUACCAAAUUACAAAUUUUGUCCAAAAAAAUUAACUUCUUUAAUCUAUUUUUUAUGGUAAUGUGACCUAAGCUACUGGGGUAUCAUUUUUUGUUUAUGAUUAGAAUUUUUUUUAGUGUCUUUCCUUUUUACAUUGGAAACAUAGUCUUUGUUAACUACAUUAUUAUAAAACAAAUCCAUUCAUGUGUGCAUGUCGUGCAUUUGAUGAAUGUACUAUAACCUUUAAGAUUUUUGUUUGUUUGUUUUUUUUCCUAAUCAAAGAUAUUAUGAGUUUAUUUUUCUUGUCUUUCUUUACAAGGAAUUCUGAUUGAAGCCUAAUGGAUAAACCGACUGAUCCUCCAAAGCGCCUGAUCACUCCAUUCAUUUUCUUUUGCCAAGAACAAUCAAUGGAGUUAAAAAAAACCCAAAUGAAAGUAGACGUGAAGGAUAUUGGGGACAAAUGGAAUCAACUUCCUGAAGAAGAAAAAAAUAAGUAUAUACAAAUGGGAAAGCUGCAAUCUAAACAAAAUGCCCAAUUAAAAACUGUGGUCCAACAAAAGCCUCCAAAAGUAAAAAUUCAAACCCGGAUUGAGCUUACAUCAAUUUGUAAGAUUAUUAGAAGGUUGGACAAAGCACAAUAACAAGCAGUGACUGAUAUGGGGUUUCAUGGCAUCCUAAGCCUUAGGUGCAUGCACAUAGAUCAUGACUUGUGCCAUUGGUUAGUUCAGAACUUUGAUCCUUCAACUCAUUCAUUGAAUGUCCAUGGUCUUCGAAUGCUUCUCACCAUAGAAGAUGUUCAUGAG